AUGUUUAAUGUGUCUGGCGGUUUGUGACUUGUGCCAGGGCUAGCAUCGCUAAUCAUAGCUUACAUCAACUUUUACUAGCAGUGAUUUUAAAUGGAUUUUUCCAAAUAGCAUGACAAAAUGUACCUUUCCAGUAGAAACUUCGCAUGGGAAGCCCAACCUGUCCUAUUAGCUCACGCCAGCUGCCAGCGUGUCUCCCAUAAACACUCUGGUCUUGUUUCUUUCUUCAUAGUCCUUUCUCUUCUUGUCAUAUAAUUUGUAGACACUUUUUCUCUUGCAACCCUCAGACAUUUUGAAAAAAAACACAGUGAGAACGCGAGCUUCAAUGAAUGGUUGAAACGUAGCACAACACACAUACACGUGAAAGUGCGCAUGUGCAGAAAGCGAACCUAGGGACGAGCACGUCCGACGGCCUUAUGUAAACAUAUCAUCAGAAUGAUUGACAACUGGGAUGACCAAUAAUAUAGGGUUCCUAACAUUGGAUAACUUUAAUGUAACCUGUAAUGAACUAAAUAUUUGUGCUGCGAGGGGGACAAAGAUGACAGUGUGGUGCGAAUACUCAAACAUCAACAUCACAACUGGGUUCUGGUUCAGUCAGAAACAGAGAACAAACUGGAGAAACAAAGAUGAACCUGAAGAUUUGACUUUAGAUUCAGAUUACUCAGGACGAAUGAGUCAAGAGAUCACUAAAGAUUACUCACGACUCUCAAUAAAUGAUCUGAUAGAGAGAGACAGUGGAGAAUAUCAGCUCAUGUUCAUUAUGAAGGAUGGAGUUAAACAUCUCAGCUCAGUCACAGUCAAUCUAACAGUCACAGUUUUACAGGUGAAGAUGAAUCCUGAAUCUACAGGACAGCGAGUAAAACUGAGCUGUGAUUCCUCCUGCCCUUUAACAUCGGAAAAUUAUUACUUCUGGUUCAAGAGUGGACAACAUUUAACAUACAACCAAAGCAUAUUUGUGUCAUCCAGUGAAAAAACUGACAGUUAUUCCUGCGUUAAGUCUGUUUCAGUUCCCUCUUCAUCUGUGUGUCUUUCUAACAGUAGCUGUAGGGAUGUGAUUUACACCUCUACAGAAGUUUGUGCUUUAGUGGGAUCAACAGUAGAUAUUCACUCUUCAUACCCACAUCCCACUGGAUAUACAGCAGAGAAAACAUACUGGGGUUACUUUCAUCCUCCUGAGGGACUCCGAGAUCUGCGUGAGGAUCAUCCGUUUUCUGGUCGUGUGGAGUUUGUGGGAAACACAAUGAGAAUUAAUGACGUCAACACGAGUGACUCUGGAGAAUAUUACUUCAGGUUCAUCACUAACACAUCAAAUGAAGUUAUUGGUUCUCCUGGAGUCGAUCUUACUGUUACAGAUACACAUGUGAGAAGCAGCCCAGACCCUGUGAUAGAUGGAGAAAAAGUGAUAUUAAGCUGUUCAACUGAAUGCACUCUGGAUAACAAACAUACUUACAUCUGGUAUAAGAAUGGACAACAGGUAACAGAUGGAUUGACAUUAUUAAACAAGUUGUACCUGGACUCAAUCAACAGUGAGGAGCUAUAUGAGUAUUCCUGUACUGUAAGAGAUACAAUGGACAAAACAAAUACUUAAAUACAUAAAACUGUAUGAUACUGAUUAAAACAAGGCUUGGCUUUCUGAAGGUUUGCUACUAUAAUGUUUUAAUAAAGCUUUUUUGUACCUGCCUUUCAGAGAUAUGACACACCCUGAACUUGUGGACUUCCUCAGAGUCGACACGUUGAUGACAUUAUUUAGUGCAGACUUUAGGGACACUUACACACAAGGGCACACCAGAGCCGUGUUUUGGAACAGACUCGAGCGUCAUGCCGAAAAUAAGAAGAGAAGUUGCCCAUCAGUGUGUCUGAUGUAAAUGAGCUUUUUUAUUAAACUGUCACAGCUCCAGAUUGUCUGCCAGCCUUUAAGCUCAUUUGCAGACUGCUUAUUUUUAGACCCACAUGAGUUGCAUUGGAAAGUCUGAAAGUAAGUUUUCAUCAGCUCAAUUUAAUACUUUUUAUAGGUUUUAAAUUAUAUACAUUAAUUUCUUAAUAGUUUCUCCAAAUACCAAUUUAGAAAAUAUAAAACAUAUGCAGAUUAUUGGCUCAGUUUAUUAGUAAUG